ACAUAAUAAAGAGAAGUGAAUAGAUGUAUUUGAAAGUAUAUUUUGGAGACAUAGCUAGUAGUGCAACCUAGUAGUAUUACGUUGAAGCUACAGGUCUCAAUAAAAUUAAUAUUUGUUCGCUUGACUGUUAUGUCAAUAAAAGACAGAACGCUGCUACAUCGACAAAAUGGAGUGAUCGGAGUAGAGCAGGUAGUGCGUAGAUGGUUUUGGCGUUUUAAUUACUUGCUUGUAAACCACCCACGUUUGUCGAUUGUGUUUGUGGUGUAUAUUUUGUCGUGUAGUGGUAGUAGUGUUGUGAAUAAACACUGGCAGAUCAGCGUGUGGGGCUACCUUGCUGAGCAAGGCAAAAGUGUACCUGUUUGUUCGUGAUUAAAUAAUCACCGUGGUUACACGGCGUGAGUGAUGUCCUCUUAUUCUAGGACACAGGAAAGUGAUGCUUGGGCCCUUUUAGCAUUAAAAUCGGCCCCAGCAAGUCCUUCAAAAGUGCAAUGGACUCAAAUGGAUACAAAAGGACCAGCCAUUGCAAAAUUAGAAGGAAGGGAAUUCGAAUAUUUGGUUCGUCAAAAACGUAUUAUAAUUGGACGAAAUAGUUCGCGUGGUGAAGUUGAUGUAAAUAUGGGACAUUCUAGUUUUAUUUCACGACGGCAUUUGGAAGUGUUUUUUGAACACCCUUAUUUUUAUAUGAUAUGUAAUGGUAAAAACGGUGUUUUUGUUGAUGGUGUAUUUAAAAGAAAAGGUGCUCCUCCCUUUCAAUUACCGAAAACAUGUACUUUCCGGUUCCCAAGUACAAAUAUCAGAUUGACAUUUCAAUCAUUGGUCGAUGAAGGUUCAGAUACACCACCAUCAGUUCGAAGUGUGUCUCCUUCACAUCAUUCUUCAAAUAAAUAUAUAAGUUCACGCUCGCGUGGAAGUGGUGGAGGAUCCAAUCAUCCAUUACCGCCAUUACGAAUUAAUAUACCUGAUGCAGAUAGUUUUAGCAGUCCAUUUCCUUCUCCAACUGGAACAAUAAGUGCAGCAAAUAGUUGUCCUACAAGUCCCAGAGGAAGUCAUAACAGAAGAGAAGUUCCUAGUGAUUUGCAUAUCAAAUUAGCUUAUGCAGCACAAGUUGUUAUAGGCGGCUCAAAUUAUGGUAGCAGUUCAACACAAAGUGCAGUUUCACAUGAGAAUUCAUCGAUAAGUAGGGAUAGUAUACACUCACAAAGUCCUACUUCAGAAAGUCAUUACCGUCAUGGAUCAUCAAAUGGCAAUUCAAUACCAAAUAUCUCCAUUAACGAUUCGUCAGUGGGUACAGAAAAUGGUAACAAAGAAGAUCUAAAACCACCGUACUCGUAUGCACAGUUAAUUGUACAAGCAAUCGCUUCUGCACCAGAUAAACAAUUAACUUUAAGUGGAAUAUAUUCCUACAUCACAAAAAAUUAUCCAUAUUAUCGAACGGCAGAUAAAGGAUGGCAAAAUUCAAUUCGUCACAAUUUAUCGUUGAAUCGAUAUUUUAUUAAAGUGCCACGUAGUCAAGAAGAACCAGGAAAAGGAAGUUUUUGGCGAAUAGAUCCACAGUCAGAAGCAAAAUUAAUUGAGCAAGCGUUUAGGAGAAGGAGGCCACGAGGUGUUCAAUGUUUCAGGGCUCCUUUCGGUCUAAGUUCAAGAAGUGCACCAGCGUCGCCUAGUCAUGUGGGAAUGUCAGGAUUAAUGACACCUGAAUGUUUGUCGAGAGAAAGUUCUCCAAUACCUGAAAAUUGUGGUGAUAUUAGUCAGUCGGCACCAGGUAGUCCUGGCAUGUCACAUACCAUAAUGAUUGGUACAGAUCGCGGUGGUCAUUUGACUUAUCAAUCAGCUCCUACAAGUCCCGGAACUUAUUCGGGACCUGGCUCUGGAACAUUGAUUGGUCAGCAUCAAAUGUCGGCUUUAGUUGGAAAUAAUAAACAUAUUAUGAUGCCUUCACCACAGCAUCAUGUCACUAUUGUUACAAAUGGUUCUGAGGAGAUUAUUCGGGAAGAAAAAUAUAUACCGGGAGCUGUUGUUGAAGAGCGAGAAGUUAUAUCACCAGCAUCAUUUUCACCACAACCAGUAAUUGUUCAAACUUCAAACACAUAUGGAAAUGUAUAUAUCAAAUCGGAAUCACCGCAUGGAGUGCUGCUUAAACGUCAUUUAGAAGAUUCAAUUGGUUCAAGUAGUGAAGGGGGUAAUCUAUAUAUUGAAUCACCAACACACGGUGAUAGUUCAGAUCAAGGACCACCAUCACCGGAUUCUAAAAAAGCGCGUCUAGAUGAUUCAUUUGCAGAUGAGUAACACGUAGAAAACAAAAAAGUAUUUGAGAAAUCUGUGCAUGCCAACAGAAUACAUUAAAAACAAAAACAUCCUGUUACAUUUUUUUUAUAUAUAGACUUUAAAAAUAUGUAUAGGAAAAUAUUUCAUUUGGAAAUAUUGAAUGACACAGACACACAAAAAUUUGUUACAAUUUAUGUUUGGUAACAUAAACGUGAUGAAGAAACAAAACAAAAAAACGUAAAUAAUUUGAUAUGUAAUUGUUUGUAUAAAUCACAUACACACACGUUAUACAAAAAAAGUUG